AUGGCGGUACAGGGAGAAGAAACCAGAAAAGGGCCAUGGACAGAACAGGAAGAUGUUCAACUGGUGUUGUGUGUGAACGUGUAUGGUGACCGGAGAUGGGAUUUCAUCGCGAAGGUUUCAGGUUUGAAAAGAACAGGUAAAAGUUGCAGGUUACGUUGGGUUAAUUACCUGCAUCCUGGUUUGAAACGAGGCAAGAUGACUCCCCAUGAAGAACGCCUCGUUCUUGAGCUCCAUAACAAAUGGGGCAAUAGGUGGUCUAGAAUUGCUCGGAAGCUACCUGGGAGGACGGAUAACGAGAUCAAGAAUUACUGGAGGACCCAUAUGAGGAAGAAGGCUCAGGAGAAGAAGAAAGGCGGAGCUGCUGCUGCCGCCGUCGGCGGUGUUUCGCCUUCUACCUCCACAACUUCCUCUACUUCCUCCGGCACUUCAUCCUCCUCUGCUUCAUCUUCCUCUGCAUAUUCCAACUGUUCUUCCUCUGUUUCCAACGGAAACAGCAGCCCGCCGCCGCCUGCGGCGUCGGUUCCGAUGGCCGGGAAAAAAGACCGGAGUUUCUACGACACCGGCGGGUUGGUUUCUGGAAAGGUGGGAGGAAACAACAAGGCAGAGGAGCUGCAAGAGAAAUCUUCCUCCCAGAAAGCGGUUUCUUCUGCUUUAUCAGUGGAUGAAAUAUGGAAAGAUAUGGACUUUUUCGGUGGAGAUGAUCCUAUAAUCAAGCCUGUGUUGUAUGAUGAAUUUGCCUGCAAUUUCCCAAGUCAACCAGUAAUGGCGGAUUCCUCCCCUGUUUGGGAUUAUUUCCCUGUUUCCUUGUGGAACAUGGAUGAUGAAGAAGACAUGAUCAGUAAGAAGUUCCCUCCUCCUCCUUCAGCUACAAGUGAUCAAUUUCAUUCUUUUUACAACCAACAAGAGAUGAUGAUGAUGAGCACCCCUUUCUAA